AUCUGCAGGUUAAAAUAUUUACAAUCAAUUAUUAUUAUUUGCAAUUAAAUAACAAUAUGGAUAUGCCAGAGGUGAAUAAAUUAUUUGGGAUAUUUCCUCUUAAAUAUGGAAGUUAUUUGAUCUCUUUAUUUGGCUUGGGUUCUGGUGGUGUCGGAAUAGCGGGAAUAAUUUUAUAUGGAAUAGCGGAGAACAUUAUAAUGGCCAUUUUUUGUGGACAUACUUCUAUAGAUGAAGGUAUAAAGAAAACUGUAUUGAUGUCUAUUGGCCUGACGUCUCUCCUUAUGUUGGUCGCGAACGCACUUUUGUUUCUCGGUGUGACCUUUACAAUACCUGGCUGCGUAAAUUCUGCGGUGCGCGUCAUGUUAGCAAUGUGCGUUUUAAUAAUGCUUGGAGCAAUAAUUUUGCCUGUCUCAUGUUUCUUUUUGUCGAGUAUGUGUCUUGUUAAAAAAAUUUCCUCAGUUGUUAUGGUUUUGGUUGUAUUAACUGUUACUAUUUUUCUUGAGUUAUGGUUGUACUUUAUGGUUGUAGCUUGGAAUUUUGAGCAAACGUUGUAGUGAUGGUUUUUGUAAAGAUGUUAUUAAAUAUAUGUGGUUUUACUGAAUUUUAUAAGAAGGCGACAUAAUGAAAUCGACGCGCAACUUUUGUAUUCUUUCUGUAUUUAUUAUAUUCAAUUAUAACUAGAGCUUUUAAGUUUUU